CUCCGUUCCUCACUUUACUCCAUAUUCGUCCUGGUAGGCCGACCUCUAUGAAAACAUGGGUUUAAUCACAGGAGUGUGCACCUUCUUGUAUCAUUUACCACAGAUAUAUAAAUGGCUGCUCAAACCGUAUUAUAUCGUCUCGCUUUUUAUGACCGUCGCCUUUCUGGUGGUCAGGAAAGCCCCCGGACUGUGCGAGCACCUAGCUUCGGAUCGGGAGGACGGCAACUCGUGCGACUUUGACUGGAGAGAAGUGGAGAUCCUCAUGUUUCUCAGUGCAAUAGUGAUGAUGAAGAACAGAAGAGCCAUCACCUUGGAGCAGCACAUUGGCAACUUGUUCCUGUUCAGUAAAGUGGCCAACGUCAUCCUCUUCUUCAGGCUGGACAUCCGGCUGGGCAUCCUCUACCUCACCCUGUGUGUAGUGUUUGUCAUGACCUGUAAGGCUCCUAUUUACAUGGGCCCAGAGUACAUCAAGUACUUCAAUGACAAGACCAUCGACGAGGAGCUGCAGAGGGACGGUCGUAUCAUGUGGAUAGUCGAGUUCUACGCCAACUGGUCCUCCGAUUGUCAGUCCUUCGCUCCCAUCUUUGCCGACCUCUCUCUCAAGUACAACUGUGCAGGUCUCAGGUUUGGAAAAGUAGACAUCGGUCGCUACGGAGAGGUUUCACAGAGGUACAAGGUCAGCACGUCUCCUCUGGCCAAGCAGCUGCCCUCACUGGUGCUGUUUCAAGGAGGGCGGGAGGUUCUGAGACGUCCAAUGGUGGACAAGAAAGGGAGAGCCGUCUCCUGGACUUUCAAUGAGGAGAACAUCAUCCGAGAGUUUAAUCUCAACGAGCUUUUCCAGAAAUCCAAGAAGCUGAACAAAAGUAUCGCUACGAAGGAGGAGAGUGGGUCUUGGGCACAAGAGGGCAGCGAAGAUCUUCCCGAGGAAACAAAGGAGCCGGAGCAGCCGACAGAAAGCAAAAAGGAUCAGUGAAGAGGAUAAUACUUUGUUUAGUUUCACUCAUUUCAUCUUUGUAGGAAUCAAAAAUGUUAACAUUUGUCCCUUUCAGCCGCACGUUAACCUGUCCUGUUUACCUCCAAAUCAAAGUAAAACCUGAAACAGACGAGAGUCACAACACU